GAAGGUGAAUCCAGCGUCUGGGGGGACCUCUCUUGUCUGUCUGCUGGCAACCUGACCGACUAACAUCACCAACGCCCAUAAAGCGGCAAUAUACAGGAAAUAAACCGAGCUCAGAAGACGAGCCUUCUUUUCCCGUCUUCCGCCCGACUCGCUCAGCUGUGUCAGUGUGGUGGUCGUGAUUUUGCACUGAAUCCUGUUGUAUAACGUUAUCAGUUAUAGUUCUCUGAUGCACAGCAUCAACUGUAUAACUUAAGUUAGCUGCUUAUUACUGCGUAGCUUGCUCUCUCCUGGUGUGGACUCACACAACGUUGACUUCGACUGCUUGAUUCCAGUCCACCCGAAAAAUGGCAACCCAGAUCGAUAAAGAGGCUUGCAGAGAGGCUUACAACCAAGUCAGAGACGAUAACACGGACAUAAAUUGGGCUGCCUUUAAAUAUGAGGGCUCUAUGAUCGUGCCUGCAGGACAAGGGACUGACUAUGAGGACUUCAAGAGGAUGUGCACAGAUGAUGCUCGUCUGUUCGGCUUCGUCCGGAUCACGACGGGAGACGCCAUGAGCAAACGAGCCAAGUUCACUCUAAUCACCUGGAUCGGUGAGAACAUCAGCGGGCUGCAGCGCGCCAAGAUCAGCACCGACAAGGCGAUGGUCAAAGACAUCGUGCAGAACUUUGCCAAGGAGUUCAUGUUUAGUGACCCGAGGGAACUGGACGAGGACAACAUCCGCAAAGAGCUGAAGAAGGCGGGUGGAGCCAAUUAUGAUGCUCAGGCCGAGUAGAGAAGUGCCACGGUCCACUGGAAGGGUUGGGGUUGCAGGG